AUGGGUUUCUCGAACUGUGAUCUAAGAUACAUCCCUGUGUUAAAUGGAAACUGUCAUGAUACUUCACAAGCCAUCUCUAGAGUAAGUCAUACUCCUCAUCCAAAUCCACAAAGAGACCCCAUCCCUCCUAUUGCGCUCCCAACAAGAAUGGAAGAUGACUCAACUCCACGGUCUAGAAGACCAGCUCUGGAACGGCUAUCCCUCUCUAAGGCUACAGCCCUACAAAGACUUGGAGAACACAUAAAUACCGACUCAGGACAGUUACAAGACAUUGUGGUUCAGUACGAGGCCGAGACUGAGGAUAACCCAGCAGAGAACCGCAUCUCAGCUUUAAGGUGA